AUGGACACUGCAAUAGCAACUCUAGUUCCUGAUAAUGUUCUCGAAGUAAUAUUCUCGUUUCUCACACUGCACGACUUAAGGAAUUGUUCUCUUGUAUGCAAAAGAUGGUAUAGCUUUUUAAACGACGAAAAUAACGACGUGUGGCGAUUGCAUUGCGUCAGGAAACUAGCGGAAGAAGCACUAAAAUCGGACCUUCUAAGCUCAGUGCCCACAUACAAAGCGAAAUUACGAGCCUUCCACCACGCUUGGAAUCCGAACGAUUGUUCUAGAAAUAUUUAUAUCAAACCCAACGGUUUUACGUUACAUCGAAAUCCUGUAGCUCAAAGUACAGACGCAUCCAGGGGGAAAAUAGGAUUUCGGCAUGGUAGACAUGCAUGGGAAGUGAUAUGGGAAGGCCCUUUAGGGACAGUUGCUGUUAUAGGAAUUGCCACCAAAGAUGCUCCCCUUCAAUGUCACGGUUACGUGGCCCUUUUAGGAUCUGACGAUCAAAGUUGGGGUUGGAAUUUGGUCGAUAAUCACUUAUUGCAUAACGGGGAUGCUCAGGGCAAUUAUCCUAUGUUGAAUAAUGCUCCUAAAUAUCAGGUUGGUGAAAGAAUACGGGUAAUAUUAGAUUGUGAUGAUAACACGCUAUCAUUCGAGAAGAAUUACGAAUUUUUAGGAGUGGCAUUUAGAGGGCUCCCAGAUAAGAAACUUUACCCCACCGUAUCGGCUGUUUACGGUAACACGGAAGUAUCGAUGGUGUAUCUCGGUCCCCCGUUGGAUGGCUAA